CAUACAUUCAGUUCACCCUAUUAAAAAUAAUCUGUCAUCUCUGGUGAGUCGCUUGACCUGUGUCUUGAAAUCUUCUAAUGUUCUGAUGAACGCAGAUGACAUGACGAGACUACCGGAUCCCGAGGCCAGUUUGUUUUAUGUUAUGGAAUAUUCUCACAUAAAACAGUCAAUUCUAAAAUGCGCAGUCAGUGGAGGCGGUAAAGGGAGUUUAUAACAAGUAGCGCAAAUAACGGAUAUUCCCAAUUUCUUUAAAUGGCGUCUGGGAAUGAAGAGGAAAGUGUGGGUAGCGUUUCAUGGAGGCUAAUAGGCCCAGCCUCCGAGCUUUCCAAGAAGCAGUGCCGUUUGAUGCACUCCUCCCUCGGCUACGGCUCCGAUGUUUGCCUGUUCUAUGUGAAAGGGGAAUUCUUCGCCAUGGAUGCUCGCUGCGCUCACUCCGGUAACCACAUAUGCCUCACUUUACAUUCCACUCGCUAUAUCUCAGGGCUAUAGGCUAGACACAAUACGCUGAAAUUCUAUAGAAAUCGAUAGCCAUAUGCAUAUCAUGCUUUUUUUGAAGCUAUGAAUAACAAAAACACGAAUAAACUGUUUUCGUAGGAAAUAGAUUAAAACUGGAACAUUCAUUUUGGGUAUAAAAUGGUAAGAUACUGAAAGAGUCGAAAAAUGCAUGGAAGGCAAGUGCUCACUCAUAAGCAUGAUUUAUGUUAUGAAAUAAGUUAAAGGAGUGUAUCAAAAGGCCAGACAAAACAAGUAAAAUGCAUGUAGGUGUUACAGUGUACUGCAUUUCAACUUGCCUUCUUUCCAGUAAUGUCAACAUCUCUGGAGUUAAAUUCUCUUUGAUGAUAUUGCUCUUCAACAAAAUGAAAUAUGACAUCAGAUCACAUUAUUAGACUUCCAGAGGAAACUGUUAUUCAUGUAGUGUGCUGUCUUUGACAGGUGGUCCGCUGUGUGAUGGAGACAUCGAGGAUGCAGAUGGUAUUCUGCAGGUCUUCUGCCCCUGGCAUGACUAUGACUUUAACCUCAGGACAGGACAAUCAGGGACUGGUUUACAGGUGAGUCUACCAACCAAUGUAGACCAACCAAUAAACCAACCUACACUUUCACAAACCCAGAAUGAUAUGCAAUUAAACUAAACAUGAAACAAACUUCACCACAGUUGCAAUGCACACUUCUCUAAGCCUUGACCAAGAUCUGCAGCCUUAGCCUAUUAUAUUUACAUUUUAGUCAUUUAGCAGACGCUCUUAUCCAGAGCGACUUACAGUUAGUGAGUGCAUACAUUAUUUUUUUCAUACUGGCCCCCCGUGGGAAUCGAACCCACAACCCUGGCGUUGCAAAUGCCAUGCUCUACCAACUGAGCUACGAUCCGUGACAACAAUAGGCUCCUUUCCCUCCCUCACCCUUCCUCCUUGAAAUUCAGUUGGCAUGAAUGGAUAUGAGAAAGCGAUGACGGAGAGCUUUUCGUGGUCACUAUCCUGGUCAAUGAUUAUUUGAAGGAGGGAGGGAAGAUUCUGCGUUUCCUAUAAUGUUCCAAGAGGGUGCAUGACCUCCUUAUACACGUCACUUUUUCAAUACAUUUCUCACCACCCAUUCAUGUCAAUGAAUUACUGGAAAUACAAGCAAUUUGUUUCUCUUUAUAAUUCUAUGUAGGAGCAAAAACAAGGAUUAAAUUCCCUGUGAUUGUUAUAAAUUAUUUUGUUAAAAUCACCAUGGGGUCCAAUGUCCAAAGUUAACAUAACUGUCAGAUGAGGUGUUUGGGGGGUUUCUUGGAUGUUGGAACCACUCACUGUUGCCUUUAAAAAGUGCCAGUAGCUCCGUGUUGGUAUGUCCUUGUGUUGACUUGCUCAACAUUUCAAAAUGUGUAUUCCUAAUCAGUGCAAUGUGUGAAAAACUAAAUUGGCCCAGUGUGACAGCAAUAUUGAGUGUUCUGACACGUUCUGCCCCGAGUGUGCUCUCUGCUCAUGGCAAAGCUCACAAUCAAGGUGUUGUGUUUCUUUUCAAUUUUUCCAGCUGUCACAUAUCCUUUGUUUUAUGUGUUUGUCUGUUUUAGCAACAAGUGUACAAAGUCAAAUUGGAGGAUGGCAGUGUGUUUGUGAAGCACACAAGCCCUCUCUCAUUACAGCCCUUCCCAUCGAGCAAGAAGAGCUGAACUGCUGCCUAAAACCUGUUGCAAGCCUGGGCAAUCCAUAUGGAACUGCCUGUAGCAAUCCUGGCUAUUUUUAAGAUUUAUUCUACAAACCCAAGCCAUCUGAGACAUUCCUUGCCUUAUAUGAUCAUCACAGACCUUUUUCCACUCGGAUCUGGCAAUGUUGUACUCAGGGUCAUUAUCAAGAGGAUCGUCUGAAGGGAAGAGAUAUGACAUCAUCUUUUUGUUUGAGUUUCUUUUUGUCUGAGACACUGGGAUGGUAGCCAUCCGCUGGCAGUGAAAUAGAGAAGAGGUUGCUGAUCUUGAUAACCGAUCAGACGUUCAACAGACAUUAUGUAUUAGCCGCUGUUCAAGUUAAGUACAUUUCUAUUCUCCCCUCCCUCAAUAUAUCGCAAAUCCUCAGUGUAACUGGCUCUUAGGGAAUCUGUGGAGGUUUAUACAUAUUGUAUUUUCUAAAUUAUAAUUCCAAUAUGUACAUCUGACUGGCGCUUUAAGGACUACUGGGAAUAUGGAACAUUUUAGUAGGGAAGUGUCAACAGCUCAUCUUCACACCUUUAAAAUGCAUUACUGUAAGGUGGAAGAGUAUUAUCACUGAAACUAAUGUGAGGUAACUGAGGUCCAAAACAGGGUCCCACAUUUUGAAUGCCCUUAUAUGCAAAGAUUUUCAUUAUUUUACCUCAACCGUUUAACAGCGGACGUACAAUAACAGCCUAAACAAUGCCCAGUAUUUGACCUCACAUACGUUCCAUCAAUGCAUUUGGUUCACCUCAGGUGAACUUUUCUUCCUCAGAGAAAAGAUAACUGAAGCUAUUAAUAGCUACUGUAAAGUUACAGCUACAGUAAAACAUGUAUUCAUUUUGCUGAGUGGUGAGGUUUUGAAUGGAAUGAAGUGAUCCCUGCAGUAGCCCAGAGAGAGAAUGGAAACCUCAGCUCAGCUAUAUGACCCCCACCUAAACUGGUGCCGGCCAUUUGUAGUACCUAGCUGAGAUCCAAGGGAACAAACAUGAAUGGUCCUGUAAUUAUUACUGGUUAUGGUCCAGUAAUAAGUAUUUAUUAAAGCCCUGUCAGCAUUUCCCCUUUGGCCAAUGCACAGACGUGUUCUUCCCUACUGACGCAAUGGCAAAGGGAAGACUGGUCAACAGGUGUCAGAGGAGACUCAGGACCUGAAAUGCACUAUUCAGUCAAGAGAAAUGUGUUAUUGUUGCUACUUGGGUUUUUUAUGCCUCCUCUUCGUCUUCACUGGCAACAACAUUCACUACAUCUUCUAUCCACUACAUUUUCUCACUCUGACAUUACAGAGUUUGCCAAAAAGGUGUCAGUAAAAGUGUGGCUUGCCAUUCUAGUUUUCCCUCCUCAUAGCCUCCCCUGUUGUGCGACUUUAUUACAAUAAUAUUUCCAUUAGCGUCGAGUGCUGUGUGGAUAGGACCUGUGCCUCGUGUUUAAUUAUUCAUCACCUGAGGGGUAAUAUUCACUGACCAUUGAGAUGCAGCCAUUGUGUGUUUGGUAGAGCAAUCACCUUUUACUGGGGCUGGCGUGUACAGUCCAAGAGUGGUUUUCACAUUUUGUGGAUCCAGACGUUUCCGAAUAAUCUGUUGUUUAUUGUAUUGGAUUACAUUCACAGGUUGUCCUUAGACAUUAGGGGACCCAUCGUUGAUGUCAGAACUUUGCAAUGUAGGCUAUUACCUAACGUUUGUCUCUCAUAUGCAAAGCUCUAUUUUUGUCAUGUGUUUUUUGGCUACUGUUUAAAAUGUAUAUGUCUCUCAUUAAGCUGCUUAUAUGGUUGUUCAUACCAUUUUAUAUUCAUUGUUAUGACAGUCUUGUUAUUGAUGUGGAUGUUAUGAAUUAUGCAACCCAGUUAUCCCUUCAUUUGAUGUUUUAUUUCAAUUUAAUCUCACGGUAUGUCACGUUUUAGUACUACAGUACAAUGGAAUAUGUCCUUUUACUGAU